ACAGACCACAAAUAAUAUAAACAAACAACAAGUUACAAAGAAACAAAUCCACAAACAAAAGAACAGACUACACCAAUAACAUAUGCGCAAACAUUAAACCAAUCUCAGAGUCUAACUCUGGAACAAAGAACUCCCCAAAGAACAAAGACACAAAACACAAAUAACAAACAAAAUGACACAACAAACACACCAGAAAAAACAAAACAAACAAGUAAAGAAUACUCAAGGGAAAAACAAAACAACCCAAACCAAUCACUCACUAAACCCUCAUUCCAAAAUGAUUCUCCUGUAGCAUGGACAUUGCCAACCCCAAUUAAAGAAAUGAAAACACAAAAUGAAAACCAAACAAAAACAAAAGAUUUCUCAUGGAUAGAAACAAUAAAAGAAAUGGCCAACAUAAUUACAAAUGUACUAACUAAUAUGAAUUCAGAAAAAUCAAUGAUAGAAAUAAUCACAGAUGCCAUUAAAGAAAUAAUGUCAAUAGUUAAAAACUUGAUCAAACACUUUAAUGAAUAAAAUAAUCUUGUGGAAUAUAAGAUCAAUUCAGAAUAAAAAGACAGAAUUAAAUUACUUGUUAAACAAAGAACAACCGGAUAUAAUAGGAAUUUGUGAAACAUGGCUAAAGUGUAAAGAUAAAUUUAACUUGCAAAAUUACCAAGUAAUCAGGAAAGAUAGGGAAGAUCAAAUAGGGGGAGGAUUAGCUUUAUGUAUUAAAAAUGACAUACAAUCUAAACCCAUAACAUUAAAUGAUAGAUACAGCAAUAGAAUAGAAACAAUAGGAAUAAAGAUCAAUUAUAAAAACAAAUGGCUCAAUGUUCUAUUGAUGUAUAAUCCUUGCAACAACCUAAAAACAGAAGAACUAGAGUAUUAUAUAAAACAAAUUGAAGACCCAAAAAUAAUCAUAGGAGAUUUCAACGCACAUCAUACUAGUUGGAAUCCAAAAUUAAAUGCAAAAUUGGCAAACAAAACUGGAAAAAGUAUUUUUGAAAUCAUUAACCAAAAUAAUAUAAUUAUAUUAACACCACCAGGCUUAACAACAAGAAUAGAUCCUCAAAGUGCAAAAGAAACGACUAUAGACCUGGUAUUAGCAACACCAUCGCUAACCCAUUUAGAAAUAGAAACAGGCCCUAAUCUAGGAAGUGACCACCUUCCAAUAAUUAUAAAAGAUAAUAAAUUAAUGAAAGAUACUCAUUUCAAAGAAAAAAAAUGGAUUUACACAGAAGAGGGUUGGGAUAAAUUUCAGAGGAUUUUGACAGACAAAGAUACAGAAAAUGUAAAGUCUCUAAAAGAAAUCAUAGAUCUUUUAAGAAAAACAGGAGUACAAUGUUUUAAAUUUGAUAAGAAUAUCAAUAAAAACAAAGCAAAUAAUGACGAAGAAAUGGAAUUUACAAAUAAACAUGACAUCUUAGGAUUGAGAUUCGAUGCACCAAGAUUAAAUUGGAGAGAACACAUUGAAAAUAUAAAGAUAAAAUCUUCAAAAAGAAUAGAUAUUAUGAAAAAACUAUCCUCAUACACAUGGGAUGGCUCAAAAGUAAAGGAACCAGAAUCAGUUUCAGCAGCAAUAUAUGUCCAAAAUGCAAAUAUUACUACAAUCUGGAAGCUAACAAAAAAUAUAAAUAUCACUGAAGCAGAGUUAUUUGCAAUAAAACAGGGACUGCAAUAUAUUCAAAACAAUAAAAUAUCAAACUCGAUCAAAAAUAAUAGAUAUAAUAUAAAGAACUUCAAUCAACAAAGAAGAACCAAGAAAUACAGCUCCAGGGAAUAUAGACUUCAAAAGUCUAAAACCCUAUAA